AUGACAAGUUCCUUCGCAUCUACCUCGACAUCGCAAGGACGACCACAAAAACAAGAUGCGAGGGUACUGCACCUAGACGACCGGUCGCAAUGGCUCGCGUGGAAAACCGCUGAGAUGCUCUUUACCCUCCUCCUCAACAAGCAACUGCGCCGGCGCUGGCUCCUAGAGCAUAAGCAUUCGCAAUCCAUCCCGGUCCCACAGAGACUGCGCCCGGUUGCGCUUCUCGAACCGAUCCCCACACCGGCGAGCUGGUCCAAAUCAAAAGGGGCGAGUGCUGCCGAAAUGGACGCCCUCAAGUACCGCGUGCGGCUCCUGCGCGCCCGUGCAGAAAAGGGCAAGGAGCUAGUCGCCGAGAUGGAGCGGAGGAUCCAGCGGGGCGAUCUGCGCGACCCGACGAGCUUCUGCCAUUCGUGCGUCGCUGUCGAUGAUCGGGAGGUGUUUCUCACCAAGUGUGGGCAUCGUGUCUGUCUGACCUUUUUGUAUCUCGAAGGCGGACGCUUGGGCCACGGCGACGGUGAUAUUUCCGUGUGCCAGAGCUUGCAGACUACUUGA